AUGGCGACGGGGACGAUACGGUCGGUGAGCUCGGCGAAGAGGGCGCUGAAUCGGAGGAGGAAGGGUUCGCGACAGGUGGUGCCCUCGGGGCAGAUCACCAGGUCUCCCUCCUCCAGCAGCUUCUUGAUGUUAGCGGCGUCCUUGUCCCGCUCCCGGGAGAGGGCCACCGCCUUGAUGGGGGAGAUGAGCUCGGAGAACUUGCUGAUGCUGUAG